AUUAAUUCACUUUAAAAUCGACACACGAAAAAUAUUCUUUUAUAGCCAUCAGAGGCUUUCUUCAUUUUUACUUUAAUCAGGAACGAAAUAAAUCAUGAAGGUGAACGUUUGUAACUUCAUAGCUCAGAGUAAGAAAAUCAUAGGCGCCGGCUUGAAUUUCAAGUCCGUAGCCAAAGAAAAAGGAAUCCCAUUACCCACAGAACCAGUGUUGUUUCUCAAGCCAACCUCUUCUUUCAUACAAGAGGAUAAAGACAUAGAGAUUCCACCUAAUUAUGAGGUCAACCAUGAAGUUGAACUUGGCGUCAUAAUUGGCAAAAAAGGUAAAAACAUCCCACGAGAUGAAGUACCCAAUUAUAUUGGUGGAUACUGCUUGGCUUUGGAUCUGACUGCAAUGAAUAAAUUGCAAGAGGCGUGGAAACAAGCGUUGCCCUGGACGAUGAGCAAAAGUUUCGACACUGCUUGUCCAGUGAGCAAGGCUAUUUCAAGAGAAUGUCUACCCUGCCCUGACAAAGUUACACUCUGGCUCAAAGUCAACGGUACGAUGAAGCAAGAGGGAAACACAAGUGAUAUGGUGUUUCCUAUUUCUGACCUGGUAUCUUACAUUUCAAAAACCAUAACGCUCGAGCCUUACGAUGUAAUCCUGACAGGAACACCGGCCGGGGUGGGUCCCAUUAAAAGUGGUGACACCGUCUGUGCGGGUCUUAACAAUUUAAUCAGUAUGAAAUUUUUGGUCAAAUAACUUAAGUUGGUUACUUUUGAGUUGUUUGAUGUAAUUAUAUAAGAGUCGUUUAAAUACUGGUGAUUACAUCGUUCAAAAUAACUUACUGGAGGUUUUACUGUUGUCAUCAAACAUCCUAGAAGAUAACAUAAAACUCACAUAUCAAAUAAAUUCAUGUCAUUAAAUA